GGCGUUUAAACAAAUUAAACAUGGUAGUGUUGCGCUUCGCCCUAUAAGCGCCCGGCAGCUUUAUGCUUUACCAAUCAAUCGGUACAGUGAAACACAGCAGACCUGCAGUCUCGCCUGCGUUCCGGCACACGGGGAUCACUCUACAAUGUCCUAUCCUCAAUUCGGAUAUCCUUACUCUUCUGCACCUCAGUUCCUCAUGACCACCAACUCUCUGACAUCUUGCUGCGAGUCGAGCACCAGGUCCAUCUCGGAUUCGUCGGCGCAGACGCCCGUUUACUGUCCGGUUUACGAGAGCAGACUGCUGGCCACCGCGAGACACGAGCUGAGCUCCGCCGCCGCGCUGGGGGUCUACGGGAGCCCCUACACCGGCGGCCAGGGCUACGGGAACUAUGUCGCCUACGGCGCUGACGCGUCCGCUUUCUACUCGUUGGGAACGUUUGAUGCCAAAGAUGGAAGUGCGUCUGCGCAUGCGGGUAUAACACAGGCUGCCGCAUAUUACCCAUAUGAUCCCACCCUGGGACAGUACCAAUAUGACAGAUACGGAUCUAUGGAGGGAGGAACCAGAAGGAAGAACGCCACUCGUGAGACGACGAGCACGUUAAAAGCGUGGCUCCAGGAGCACAGGAAAAACCCCUAUCCCACCAAAGGAGAGAAGAUCAUGCUGGCCAUCAUCACCAAGAUGACCCUCACGCAGGUGUCCACCUGGUUCGCCAACGCCAGAAGAAGACUCAAGAAGGAGAACAAGAUGACAUGGCCACCGAGAAACAAGGGCUCAGACGAUAAGAAGUACGAUGAUGAUGAUGAUGAGGAAGGCUCGCAAGAAGAUCAAAUCAAAAGUGAAACCAACGAUGACGAGAGCAAAAGUCGAGAAGACAAGGAGCUCCAGCUGAGUGACUUGGACGACUUUGACACCAUCGAGUCUGAGAGCUCCGAGUGUGAACUCAAGCACCGCUUUCACAUGAACGCGCACAUGGCGACCACCGACGACCGCCUCAAAGAGUCUUCUCCAAAGCUCUCCAUUCCCGGUCUGCUCGAAGCCAAAAGCGGCAUGAAAAGCACCGCGGAAGACUGCGAGCUUCGGAACAGCAAACCGUGCUUCCAGCAGCAGGGCCAUGCGUUACUGGACAGCAAACCCCGCAUCUGGUCUCUGGCCCAGACCGCCACAGAGUACUCCUCGUGUAUGCUUCGGUGUCAGCCAUCGCCCUCAGACUCCUCACCUGUCAGCGGCCUGGAGAGACAGCAGGACUCACCUGUCACGACUCUCAGAAACUGGGUAGACGGGGUUUUUCACGACCCCUUGUUUAGACACAGCUCCUUGAACCAAGCACAGACGAACACUACGGUUUCUUGGACCACCUCGACCAAAGGGUCGAUCUUAGAGACUGGAGUCCUUGGACGCUCCAACAACGUGAUAAAAACACAGCAGCAAGAGGCCAGCAAGGACAGUAUGCCAUUUCCAAAGGGGGUGAAUAAAAUAUUCUGUUCCUAGCACACCGAAUGACUCUCGAAAAGACUGUUUGGAAUAGCUGUUUACGCUUUCAGUUCACAAACAAAUGCCAGACUGUGAAUCGAUGGGCCCAAAAUACGUUUUGUUACAUAAAACCAUGAGGAAAUGUAUGUAUUUAUUGCUGUGUUGACAUCUCACUGGCGAGGGGUUGGUUUAUAUAUAUAUAUUUAUCGGUUUGGUUGACGCACGUUCAGAUUAUGUAAAUUAACUGGAAGUUUAUGUUCUGAAAGACUGAAAAAAAAAAAAAAAGUUUACAGCCUAGUUUUGUUCCAGCUUUUAUCGUUUCUUUGGCAUGCAUAUGUUGCUAGUUUUUAUUGAUCAUUCUUUUAGACGAACUCCGACCUUGUUGCAACGACUCACAAGUGUCACUGUUAAGAAAGCAUCGCACAAAUGCACAGAUCUCCUCGAAACGGGGAAUGUUGAAAUCUGCUCACUAUAAUAAACGGUGGAUUUUUCGCAGCUUUUGUUCUGUGUAUCGAUCAGAGUCGCUGUCCCUGGUGCUGAACACACGCGAUAGAGAUGAGAUUCACCUGCU